AAUUUGGUGUAGUCUGUCUGAUUGUCGUGGUAAACAAUAUAUAAAGCCUCCCUCUCCCUCCGUCAGCUCAUAAAUUUACAGAGAUGGGAACUGAAAGCAAAUCGGAAGAGGUGAGUUUAUUGUUUAGGAUUGUGGUUCAAUUUGGUAUGAUUUAGGGCUUUUACACAACAUAGUGAAAGAUACAAAGAAGAUGGAGAACAGAAGACAGAUCAAACAAUUUUCUAGAGAUGUAAAAGAAGAAUAUUAAAACGAUUAUACCAAAAUUAUAUUAAAGUAUAGUCAACAACAUGAACGACUUACGUAAGGAAAACUUCAACUGACACCAACUCUUGGACGAUGGAACACGUCAAGAAUCAGAACAACACUUUUCAUAGCAAUUUCCUUUUGAAAAACCUUAAAAUCAAUCUUCAUCAUCAUACCCAAAUGACUAGACUAGGUCAAGAAUGCAGUCCAACCGUUUGUUCAAAGUUCUGAAAGAGCCAACGCGUUUGACUGCUAGAUUGGAACAGAGUCAUAUAAUAUACCUCAAAGUUCUUUCUUCCCCUUUUCUGAUACCUUUUUUUAUCAUUUGCAAAAAUUAUUCAACUAGACUCAGCCAUUGUUUAAGAAUCAUUCAUAUCUUCAAAGGCUAUAAAUUGUUUGAUCCUUUGAGUAAUGAAUCGAUUCACUUUCAGAAAACUAUAUACAGGUAGUAAUCCUAAUAUCAUUGGUGCUCGAAGGAAGAUCUCAGAAUCAUCAAUACAUACAGCAAACAGCAACUCUAUCUUUAGAAAACUUAUUUCAGGCUUAAGGGAUAAAUCCAUAAGUACAUUCCAAACUAGAUCUGCAACAAGCAUGGUGGUAAACUUUGAAGAUUCGUCAAAGGUUCAAAAGAAUGAAGUUGACCACAUUCAUAUGCUGAAUGCGAAUUAUGAUAAUUAUGAUGGAGUUAUUGUGGACAUUAAGGAGAAUAUGGAUGAAGAUAUCUUUACCACUCUACUUCAAACAUCAAUAUCCCAAUGGAGGCAACAGGGUAAAAAGGGAGUUUGGCUUAAACUGUCUCUUGAACUUGUGAGUCUUGUUAAGCCUGCAGUGAAGGAAGGAUUUUGGUAUCAUCAUGCUGAACCAACAUACCUGAUGCUGGUGUAUUGGAUUCCUAAAACUAAUCAUACUCUUCCAUCAAAUGCUUCUCAUCGAGUUGGUGUUGCUGCUUUUGUGGUCAACUCUAAAGGGGAGAUUCUUGUAGUGCAAGAGAAAAGCGGGGUGUUUAAAGGCACAGGUGUAUGGAAAUUACCAACUGGUAGUGUUGAGGAGGGUGAAGAUAUAUGUACAGCUGCAAGCAGGGAAGUGAAAGAAGAAGCUGGAAUUGAUACAGAAUUUGUGGAAGUUCUAGCAUUCAGGCAAAGCCACAUGUCAUUUUUUAGCAAAUCGGAUCUAAUGUUUGUGUGUAUGCUAAAACCAACAUCAUUUGAGAUCGAAAAGCAAGAUUCAGAGAUUGAAGCAGCUAAGUGGAUGCCUAUUGAGGAAUACGCCAAUCAGCCCUUUGUAAAGAAUCGCAAAUCAUUUGAGUAUAUUGCUAAGAUAUGCAUAGAAAAGAAAGAUAACAAAUAUGUCGGCUUCAAUGCAAUUUCUACAGCAACUGCUACAUCUCUCAAAAACAGCUAUUUGUAUUCGCGUCAUCAGGAGGAGUAGUUAUCUGAUUCACAUAUUCGAGAACCCAAAACUGAAAAACUAGAAAUGAUCAUGGAAUUAAGACCCACAUUGAAUGUUAAAUUGAAUAUAUAUGUAUCUUGUGCAUUACUCCAAGUAUGCAAAAUUUGUUGUAAAAUUUUAAUCAUUCUUUUAUAAUAAAUUUAAUUUAUUACUCGUAAGUGUCAAAUAGGAAACUAGCGUAAUCGUAUAAUGUAAUUAUUUAAUUUUAACCUUGUAUACGAUUUUCUCGUAAUUGAUGAUCA